GUUGAUUAAGUGAAUAGAAAAAAAAAAAAAAACAGAAAAACGAAGCUGCUUUCAAGUAUUGAAGAUACAAGGCCAGGAUGAACACGAAGGACGCAAAAGCGACUGAAGGAGGUCUCAAUGUCACGCUUACCAUUCGACUUCUCAUGCAUGGCAAGGAGGUUGGAAGCAUUAUUGGAAAGAAAGGUGAGACUGUUAAGAAGAUGAGGGAGGAGAGUGGUGCUCGAAUCAAUAUUUCAGAAGGCUCCUGUCCAGAGAGAAUUGUGACAAUAACAGGCCCAACAGAUGCAAUUUUUAAAGCUUUUUCUAUGAUUGCACUAAAAUUUGAAGAGGACAUAAACGCUUCAAUGACAAACAGCACAGUGACAAGCAAACCGCCUGUAACACUGCGGCUCGUCGUCCCGGCAAGUCAGUGUGGAUCCCUUAUAGGAAAAGGAGGUUCCAAAAUCAAAGAAAUCAGGGAGUCCACAGGAGCACAGGUGCAGGUCGCAGGGGACAUGUUGCCGAACUCAACAGAGCGUGCAGUGACUAUCUCAGGCACUCCUGAUGCCAUUAUCCAGUGUGUGAAGCAAAUAUGCGUGGUUAUGCUGGAGUCCCCACCCAAAGGUGCCACCAUCCCCUACCGUCCCAAACCUGCCUCUGCACCUAUCAUUUUUGCAGGUGGCCAGGUAAGAGCAGACACCAUUUUGGCUUCAGCUGGAAACCACACCGUCUUGGCCCAACCUCAGCCAGCGCCUGCAUUCACGAUUCAGGGGCAGUAUGCCAUCCCUCAUCCAGACGUGAGUCCAGCACAUUUGACCAAGCUUCACCAGUUGGCUAUGCAGCAUCCCCCCUUUACUCCCCUUGGGCAGACCACCCCUGGUUUCCCUGGACUGGAUGCCACUACUCCAACCAGUUCCCAUGAACUUACUAUUCCCAAUGAUUUAAUAGGCUGCAUUAUUGGCAGACAAGGCAGUAAGAUAAAUGAAAUCAGGCAGAUGUCAGGAGCGCAGAUCAAGAUUGCUAAUGCCACAGAAGGCUCCGCAGAACGACAAGUUACAAUCACAGGAUCCCCUGCAAACAUCAGCUUAGCACAGUACCUCAUUAAUGCAAGGAUAUGUUCUUCUCUUGGUGUUCAGGGAUUCCCCACACAUCGAGACGAGAAUAGACCCCUUCAUUUUUAGUUGCACAAACACCAUAUGGCAUGCAUCUGGACCUCAGAAGAUAACAAUUUAAGAUCUUCAAGACAGCUAAAGCAUGCAAAUAAUAUAAUGCACUUAUUAAUGGAGUUGCAUUGAGCUGCUCACCAGAGACAGAAACUCUAGUGAACAAACCUGUUUGACUCACUUUAGAAAACCCUGUGAACUCUCACACUUCUGUUUAUUACUGUUUAAUGAUUCUUUCGAUGGAAUGGGAUAUAUAUAUGAGGUCUUUUAAUAUACUUUUGCAAAGAAGAAAACUUCUCAGCAGUCAUAUACCAUGGAUACUCUAUCUAUAUACCCUGUGAAACCAGAAACAAAGUAUUUUCUUCCUGUUGAACUUCUAGCUAGAAAUCAUUUGUUACUAUCAUAUAUUAUUAUGUACCAUGUGUUGAAAUUGUAUUUAGAUUAAGUGACUUCAUUUGUAAAUGAAGACUCUUAAAGUAAUGUAUAAUAAAUUAAGCUCUAAGGUACCAUAGGACAUUAAGGUGGCUUUAUUUAUUUUAAGUGACACUGUUCCAGAUUUCUCCUUUCACAAGAGAAAUUCCUGCCCAGCUAGGUGCUACCACAGUAGCAGUGCUAGUUCACAGUCACAUUGGAGCAAGAACCAAGAAACAUGCAGGCAAGAGGGAGCUCUGCUCUAGCUGGGGUUUAGGUGCUUGGGCAGGUUUCUCAGAGGCAGCACUGCACUACUGCUGCCUGUAUAUGCUGGGGGCCAAUUUUAGUGUUUGUCAGUCCUAAGCCUGCCACAAGUACUGCCCUCUUUUAAAGAUGCUGGCAUGACAUAGUGUUGGGGAAGAGCUGAGGACAGUACCUAGACUGCCCGAGGUAUAGUCUGGUAUGUCAAAACAUGAAUUAUAACAAAUAAAAGCCAUAUAAGUAUUCGGGGUAAGGUGGGUUUUUUUUAAUCUCCCCUACAAGUUCUGUCAUUCUCAUGGAUUUGGUUUCCAGGGCGAGUAUUUCUGCAUAAAUCAAUGUCUCACAGCAGCAUAGGAUAUUAAAAAAUAUCUAUCCACUGUAUUCCUAAAACAUUCUGUGUGUAUCUUUAAACUAUCCUCCAACCAAAGUUGCCAUCUAUAGAGUAAUUUAUCAAAUUGUUUCAAGAUUUUUUAUUGCAAUCUGGUGUCGAAUAUGUACAUAAUAUACUCUAAAUUAUAUAUAUAUACAUUGAUAUAAUAUCAAGACAGAGAUUUAAAUCUUUCUAAAGUAUUGUUUUGAUUCUGUAUUAUUACCUGAGCGCUGACCUCUGUAUGAGUAGACUGUGUGCUAGCUUGUUUGCAGUAGAAGUGUCUUUUUUUUCCUGUAAAAUCUUCUGUCUCUUAACUGCUCUCCACUGUAGUAACUGGAUUUUCAUUAUCCAAUUCCAUCUUCUAGCUUUUAUUAAGAAGGUUUCCUGUGUAAUAUUUGACUUUGGACUAUAAACGAAUUGUAGCCAGCAGCACUUGCUCCUUGUUGAAGAGCAGUUUCCUGAAGAUGUUUAUUUACUACCAUGUUGAUGAGGUUCAUCCACAGAGCUAACAGGACCGUCAAAGCCACACUCAAGCUUUAUUCCUUUCACCAGGUUUGGGUAAUGCAGGAUGUGCAUAUGUUCAUAAAGUACAGGGCUUCAAAGGGACAGGGUAAAAUUGGCACCAUGAAAUAUUGUAUGAAGGCCAACUCAUCCACCUUCACAUUCAGUUUUGCUGUAUCUACAAUUGGUUUGAGGAACUGCCCCUAUCACAGAACAGCUGACCUGAUGUACUUUCACCUUAUGCGUUACCAGCAGUAACAAAUGUGAAGCUGGGCACAUUACUUUAAUCUUACUUGUGCAAAUACACCAGAGACAGAGAGUUUGAGUGGCUGCUGCCACCACCAGCAUUUAUCCUGUGGGAUCUAUUCUCCCUGCUGGUUCAGGAAACAGCUCAGGCUCAAGUACCGCCUGUAUAAGUACGGACUUUUUGUUAAAUGCAAGGCACGCAAAUUCGGGAUCACUGCAGCACUGAGUCCUGCAUUAUCUUUUUAUACACCUCCCUCCCAGAAUAAUAGCAAGUUAGAAGUAUAAAAACAUCCAACUGUAUAAACUGAGCUUUUCAAAAUGUACUGAGGUGUCACUAUGUAACUCAACUCCUACACCCUAAGUUAUGGACAUACACUGGGGUUGGAUUCACUGAUUCAGUGUUCUUGAUGUAAAUCCCACUGUGCGAGUAGAUUGCAAGUAGCCUGGCUAACAGCACAAGAAUGCUCUUCUCUCUGCAGAGGACAACUCUACCUUGAGGGUUAGAAAAAUUCUGAGCUGCUCACCCACAGAGACAGAUAAACACACCUGGUAGGAAAGCCCAAAGCUUUACCUCUCACGAACGGGUCUGCAUUUCACACCCUUGCCCUUAUCCCUUCCCAGUCCCUCAGAGAUGUGCACCUUCCAACAUCCCAGAAAAGGCUGCCAAGGAGAUGGCACUCCAAGAACCCUCUUUCUUUUGUGGGGAAGAGAGGAGUUGGUGCUUACACAUUUCCCUCUCUCCACCAUGUGCCUCUCCCCAGCUCAGACCUGCUUCAGGUAUCCUUUAGACUUAGCA